AUGCGCAAAGACGGUGUGUCCCCUCGGAGAACACGAUUCGUCACUGCGGUGGACUACGCGGCGCUGGUGCGGCACGGGCUGGCGGGCGGCCCGUCAGUGCUGCUGCUGCCCGACGAGCAGCAGAGCGCCGCCGUGGAGUGGGGCAAGUGGGGGCGCGGCCAUGGGCGCGAGGGGCAUGCGCAGGGGCAGGGGCGGGGGAGUGAGGCGGGGGAGGAUGGGGAGGAGGAGAGGGAGAAGCGGAGGCGGGCGUGGGAGGAGAGCCGGCAGCUGCAGGAGCUGGCGAGUGAUGCCGGCGCUGAGGCAGCGGCAGCGAGGGCGUUGGCGCACGGGGCAGCGGCGCGGCAGCUGAGGGCGGAGCUGGCGGCGGAGCACAGAGAGCGCGAGAGGCAGCGCCGAGGAGGAGGGCGGGGGGAGCGCGGGCGAGGGGGGGCUGCAGCGAUGAGCUUCAGCCAGCGCGAGAAGAGGAAGCGCGAUGCGGGGCAGGCGAGCCGAGGGAAGAAUUACGUAGAGGAGAAGCGGCAGCUCCGGGACCAGGGUGUCUAUUCUGGCUUCGAUGCCUAG